GGAUGCUGGGGUAUAUCUGGCAGUGUUUCUAUUCCUCAUGUCUGCGCUUCUGGUUGAAAUGGUUCCUCCGGCUGGUCACAGGAAGAUGCGAGCUGCAGCGUAUUUGUGCCCGCUGCAAAGCUGGAGCGCUGAGGACAGCACAGAUAGAGUAUUCCCUGAAGUCCUCUAAAAGCAAGGUAUUGCGAGCAGCUUUAUCUUUGAAGGAGAAUGGUUUGGAUGAGCAUCUGGCUCAAAUAAUCCAAGAGAAGAGAAUCAAGGAGCAGAAAGAUCCUACGUGAGGCUCUCUUAAGAUUGCAUUAACUUCAUUCAGUUGGGAAAAUAAACAUUUUGCAACCUUUUUCUGCAACAGUGACACAUUCACAACGAGUCACAUGAUUUGAUCCGGGGU